AUGCCACCUAACACGAACGGGCGUGUCAAGGAGGGCGGUGUCCAACAUGUUGGGUAUAUUGGGUUAGGAAAUGCCGGUUUCUCCAUGGCUUCUAACCUGCCAAAAGCAGGAUAUACGCUGGUUGUUCACGACGCUGACGAAGCCAAAGCAGAACGGGCUGCGAAUGAAUGGAAAAACACGAAGGCAGCACAUGGACAGGCUGAAGCGUUCUCGGACUGUGAAGUCGUAGUGACCAUGCUUCCCCAGGGGAAGAUCGUGAGGGAGGUUCUGUUUGGUCAGAAUGGCAUCGCAAAGGCGCUGAAAGCUGGUACAAUUGUCGUCGAUACCUCCUCUUCCUCUCCUUUCGAUACAGUCGCGUUGGGAAAGGAACUAGCUGAGCAUUCACUUCAGCUGGUGGAUGCUCCAAUCACACAAACCUAUAUGCAUGCGACUGACGCUGGUGAGUCGACACUGAUGGUAGGAUCGGAUUCGGAAGAUGCAUAUCAGAAAAUUGAGCCAGUCCUAAGGACCAUGGCAAGCUACAUCUUCCACAUGGGUCGCCUUGGAUCUGGACAUGCCAUGAAGACUCUCAACAACUAUAUCAUGGCGAGCAGCUUAGUUGCGCUGAGUGAUAGCUUUGUCACAGGUCAGCAAUUCGGGUUGGAUCCACAAAAGAUGAUCGAUUGCUUAAACGUUGGCACCGCUUUGCUUGUCAAGGAUCUGGGUAUCACACAAGAGUUUAUGAAGCAUAACCAAUUUGAGACAGAAUUGCCAGGAGUUAUCCGGAAGUAUCUCUCCGAUGCAUUGGAACAGGUCGAACCGCAAGCUGACCAUACGAAGAUGCUUGUUGGGUGGGAGAAGCGAGCUGGAAUCAGUCUACGCAAAACCGAAAAGGCCCAAAGUAUUCCUGAAGCUGACUUCACUCAUAGACUACAUGGCCUCAAUCGUCCUUAG